AUGAUGAUCCUCAUCAAAGCCAACGUGUUUGUUGCACUCCUUGCUGGAACUUCCCUGGCUAUCCCAGCCAAAGAACCAACAAGCGCACACAAUACAGGCAAGACACUCCAAUGCAUCGUCGAUGGCAAGACAGCCAACAUCCACGAAGAUGCCGCCAAGCAACUCGCCAAAACCGCCCCUGCUGGCAAGGACAUCCAGACGAAGUCUUCAUAUCCGCAUAUCUAUGAGAACAAUGACGCGAUCAAAUGGGACAACCAGGCGUGCAAUUCAAAAAAUGUCAAGACGCAUGAAUUUCCCAUCGACGAGACUGGAAGAAUGUACCCGUGGAAUGGGGUGUGGAUUGGGAAUACGCUGGUGAAAAAGAAGGAGGAUCCGGGUCCGUGUCGGGUUGUGUACAGUGAGACGGACCGUCAUUAUUGUGGUGUGAUGUGUCAUAAGUCGAUGAAGCCAGAGGGUGAGAAGGGAUUCAAUAAAUGUACUUGA